AUGGUGGCUGGAAGAUCAUACAUAGUCCUUCUCGUUACUUUGAUCACCUCGGUAUACUCCCUUGGUGAUUUCCACAUCUAUCACAAUAACGAGUUUGCUGUUGAAGCUUGUACUGGUUAUCUUGGAAAGCUCGUUACCUUUUUCAAUACAACCGAUAAAAUUGGGUUCUGUAAUGUUAACAAUCAACCUGCCUUGGGUACUAUGGCUGAAUGUAUUGAAUUGAUGCCUCACAAAAAUGCUAGAAAAGAAUUCUUAGAACUGUGUAAAAAAUACAAAUUGACUGAAGAAGAAUAUUUGGCUGCUUUACAAAAUGCUACUGAAUUUGGUUUCUAUGAUACCAAAGCUGAUAAAGAAUUCAACAAGAAGAAGAUCUUCAACAAACCAAUCUUGUUAACCAAGAAAUUAGUUAAAGCUGCUUGGGAUUCUGUUGCUACCAGAAGAUACAACUAUAACUAUGCUCAUUGGUUUGGUAUUGCUUUAUGUUGUUACUGGUACUUUGUCGUCUUUGUUGCAGCUAUCUGUAACUUGACUUAUUUCCUUUUCCCAAGUUUUGUUAAAUCCAUGAAAGGGUGGUAUUGUCAAUGCUUACAGAAAGUAUUUCACUUUGCCAGCUAUGUUUAG